AUGGGUACAAGAGAUGCACUUCUAUCGAGCCUCUACAGCAAGAGAAUCUCGCUGCCGAAGCUCGACAAGGCCGAUAUCCUGCCGCUAUCGUUACAGCGACGAGUAACGCGAAGUGAUGACAAAGAAAUACUGCGGCCGCGUGGCGGAUCGUACUCAGGCGACACAGACCUUACACACGCACGACCACUACCUGUGCACUCUUUGUCAAGCCCAGAAGUGACUCUGCAGAACGGCGGAGAGGGUAUGGCCAGCUCUCUGACCAAGAUGAAGUCUGCUUCGGAAAUCCUUGUCACUGGUGCAGACUCAAUUCAACGACAGCCGUCUGACCGCUCGACGGAGACGGCUAGUAGUGGUGCGGCAGUGGCUAGCACCGAAGUCUUCUCCGACAGAUCUGGCCCACUAUCAUCCAUCGGCGAGGACCUGCCCGUGACGAGCUCACACAGGCGCGAAUCCGACACGGAUAAGCAAUCAGUCAUGCCUGAAAAGCCGCUGCCUCCAGUUAUAAUGGAGAGCCUACCGGAAGUGUAUACUCCUGGAUCUUGGCGGCCUCCCGAAAACGCUUCUUUGCUGGGCAAGACCAGCUCGCAGCCGUGGGUGCCGGACCUUGACAACCACCCCGAACUUGUUUCGCCGGACGCGUUGCGCUCUGGUAGAGCAUUGACGGCGCCAUCCAUCAGAUCAGAAGACAGUCAGUCUUUCGCUCGGCCCCCAACAAUCUCGGCAGCCACGAUGAAGCAGAAGAAAUGGCACAAAGGCAUUUUCGGCACUUCCUCUACAACUGUGACGACUGCCUCUGCCCCGUCGUCCGUGUUUUCAGCCUCAGGUACAUCUCUGCUCGUCUGGAACGAACUUGGCGCAGGCUACUACAGUACGAACGACGUUGACGCUAUGGACUUUGCUCGUCUCAGCGCGUUUCAUGUUCAUAUCGCGGCCGGUGGCAUCAAACGUUUUGCUCUCGUCGUCAAGGACACAUAUCAACAGACAUACCGCUUAGAGAUCCUCGAGCCCUCACGUCAACAGGAAUCUGUCCGUACCUUUCCCCUCCACUCACCUCCCCACGCCCUUGCCCUGUCACAGAACGACUCGCUUAUCGCCGCGAAAUACUCUCGAUGCGUGGACAUAUACGCUGUCGAAUCAGGGAGCCAUGUCCGCCAUGCACUCCCCUCAGCUCGAUCUCGAGCAGCGCCCGGGAACCAUCUCGUAUGUUUCGCGCCGAAUAGCCAGUCUUUCGCGGCAGCCACGCGAUACGAGCCUGAGAAAGUCAUCACCUACACGAGCCCGUGUUUUGAUCCCUCGAAGGGCGCGUACAUUGAGACUGCCAAUCCGACAGGCUUCCCAGGCGAUAACGGGCUGUCGAGUUUACUCUUCUCGUCAUCACAUGCUUCAGGGUCCUCCUCAGUGGCGUUCUUAAGCAGCUUCACUGAAAAAGGAGCACCAUUGUUCCUAUCCCUCAAGCCUCCGCCACCUGGCAGCCUAAUGUCCGCAAGCCGGGCCCGUGCAAUUCGCGACCCGAAAGGCCGUAUCGGCACGCGUGUUCAUCACGCAGCAUUGUCGCCCGGUGGCAAUUCGCUUGUGCUGCUGAAUCAGCGCAAUGACAUGUUUUGGAUCGACGAUUGCUGGGCCGGCGGAGGAGGAGGGGGUGGAGAGCCGCGGAAGGUAGCGACUGUGAAACGUGGAGUGAGUGUGGUCAAAGACGUUGUCAUGGGAAUGCCAAGUAACGAUGAGGUGAACAUGUUCUGGACGGAGAAGGGAACGAAAGGGAUACUGGUUACGGUCGGCAAAGGUGGUGGACGAGGAAAACCUGUCACGCUGGAAGUCGUCAGAGAUCUGGGAGGUUGA